AUGCCGUGGGUGCCGGGCCGCGGCACCGUGCGCUGCCGACGCCGUACCUUUGCUGCCGGGAGCGCUGCCCCUCAGCACCGGCUUUCAGAAACUCCUCGCCGCUGUCGGCUGAGCGGCUCCUUCGGGAGCAGCGAGCCCCGGGUCCUGCUGGCUUUUCCUUUCCGGAGCACGUUCAAACACUGCCUCUGUGGUUACUCAUCGGCAGUACAGAAAUUCUCCCAGACUUUGCAGUCCUUUCAGUUCGACUUUAUUGGUGACACACUAACAGAUGAUGAGAUUAAUAUUGCCGAGUCCUUUAAGGAGUUCGCAGAGCUGCUCCAGGAGGUAGAGCUGGAGAGGUCCAUGAUGGUACAAAACGCUAGUGAUCUGCUGAUCAAACCUUUGGAAAACUUCCGGAAGGAGCAAAUAGGGUUCACCAAGGAAAGAAAGAAAAAGUUCGAGAAGGAUGGCGAGAAGUUUUAUUCUAUGCUGGAUCGCCAUUUGCAUUUGUCUUCCAAAAAGAAGGAGUCCCAGUUGCAGGAGGCUGACCUUCAGGUUGACAAAGAGAGACACAAUUUCUUUGAGUCCUCCCUGGAGUAUGUGUACCAGAUCCAGGAAGUACAAGAAAGCAAGAAAUUCAGUAUUGUUGAACCGGUGCUGGCUUUUCUCCACAGCCUCUUUACUUACAACAACCUGACAGUUGAGCUCACGCAGGAUUUCCUCCCUUAUAAACAGCAGCUUCAGCUCAGCCUGCAGAAUACAAGGAAUCAUUUUUCCAGCACGCGGGAGGAGCUGGAAGACCUGAAGAAGAGGAUGAAGGAAGCCCCCCUAACCUGCAAGCUACCCGGGCAGCCGACCAUUGAGGGCUAUCUGUACACUCAGGAGAAAUGGGCGCUGGGCAUCUCCUGGGUGAAGUAUUAUUGCCAGUACGAAAAAGAGGCAAAAACCUUACGGAUGACGCCCAUGGACCAGAAGCCUGGAGCUAAGCAAGGCACCUUGGACCUGACACUGAAAUCGUGUGUAAGGAGAAAGACUGACUCUAUAGACAAAAGGUUUUGUUUUGACAUUGAAACUAAUGAAAGGUCUGGGACCAUCACGCUGCAAGCACUCUCGGAAGCCAAUCGAAGGCUGUGGAUGGAAGCCAUGGACGGGAAGGAGCCGAUCUACCACAGUCCCAUCACGAAACAGGAGGAAAUGGAGCUGAACGAGGUCGGCUUCAAGUUUGUACGGAAGUGCAUCAACGCAGUGGAGACGAAAGGGAUCACUACGGAGGGCAUCUACCGGACUGUUGGCAGCAAUAUCCAGGUGCAGAAGUUGCUGAACGCCUUUUUUGAUCCAAAAUGUCCGGGGGACGUGGAUCUCCAAAGCGGUGAUUGGGACAUCAAGACGAUUACCAGCUCAUUGAAGUUUUAUCUCAGGAACCUGUCUGAACCUGUCAUGACAUACAAGCUCCACAAAGAGUUGGUCUUGGCUGCCAAAUCUGAGAACCUGGAUUACAGGCUGGGAGCCAUUCACGCGCUGGUCUAUAAACUACCAGAGAAGAACAGAGAGAUGUUAGAGCUACUCAUACAGCACCUCGUCAACAUAUGUGAGCACAGCCGAGAGAAUCUGAUGUCACCGUCGAACAUGGGGGUAAUAUUUGGACCUACGCUCAUGCGAGCACAAGAGGACACCGUGGCAGCGAUGAUGAACAUCAAGUUCCAAAACAUAGUGGUCGAGAUUCUCAUCGAGCACUUUGGGAAGAUCUACUCCGGCCCCCCAGAAGACACCACCGCACCCCCAGUGCCUCCUCCCAGGGUGGCUGCCCGGCGGCAUAAGCCCAUCACCAUUUCCAAACGUCCUCUGAGGGAAAGACCCGUCUUCUUCGGCGCUUCUGUGGAAGAAAGCGGAGGAGCAGUGGAGAUAACAGUAGCGGGGCUGCACUGCCCAGGCUAUGAACACGGCAGGCACAGACCGGCACGGCCAGACCCCCAUGAGCCGGGGCGUCCCCCCGCCGAGGGCCGGCCCGACCCGCGUGCUGAGGCGGAGGUGGGGAAGCUGGUGGCCAGGCUGCAGGAUGGAGGAGCGAAGCUGGCCAGCAAGGCUGCCAACGGGGUGGUGGCCAGCCCUGCCCUGAGGACCUCCACACUCCAGGCCAAAAGACCGGCUCCCCGGCCAGGGAUCUACGGCAGAGAGGGCGAGUACGACGGUGUCCCUAAGCCACGGUCCCAUGGCGAUAAGCCUGUGAUAACACGUCCCCCCGUGAGACCUCCAGACCCACCAUGCAGGACUCCUGUCCCUCCGAGGCUGGAGCAGAGGCCGGAUCUGAUAGCAGGAACGGCAGAAGAGAUGCCUUCAUCCGUGGUGGCCUCUAGGACAAAGUUCUUUGAGACAGCUUCCCGAAGAACAAGCAAUUCUUCAUCGCCACAAGGCAGGAUCCCAGGUGAUGAGAGCUGA